AUAAAGCCCGUAUAGAGGCCAGAGGGCUUUUAUGUAGAGAGAAGCAUUGUAACGAUUCACACGUGGGAAUCAUGAAAGAGUUUUCCAUCUUGAUCUGUUUCAUCAACCUUUUGCUGCUGGAGAGCUCAUCAUGUACUGGGGACUCUAUUGUUGUGAAUCCCUGUUGUGACUACCCCUGUCAGAACUCAGGAGUGUGUGUGAGAUUUGGUACAAAUCGCUACGAAUGUGACUGCACUCGAACUGGCUUUUAUGGAGUCAACUGCACUGUUGCGGAGCUUUGGACCAGAGUUCGUCUCAUGCUGAAGCCGAGGCCUACGGCGGUUCACUUCUUCCUCACACACUUCCACUGGUUCUGGGACCUCGUAAACAACUCUUUCCUGCGAGACACGUUAAUGAGAUUAGUGCUGACUGUCAGAAGCAACCUUAUUCCAAGCCCUCCAACCUACAAUACUAAAUAUGAAUACCUCAGCUGGGAGUCUUAUUCCAACAUGUCCUACUACACCCGUCUCCUCCCUCCUGUACCUAAAGACUGCCCGUUGCCGAUGGGAACUAAAGGUAAACCUCAGCUUCCUGAUCCCAAAGUGUUGGCCGAGAGCUUUUUUAAGAGAAAGACAUUCAGGCCAGACCCUCAGGGAACCAACGUGAUGUUUGCUUUCAUGGCGCAACACUUCACUCACCAGUUCUUCAAGACAAACCAGGAAGUAAAAGGUGGCUUCACCAAGGCUUUAGGACAUGGGGUAGAUGCGAGCAAUAUCUAUGGAGACAACCUUAUGCGACAGCUUCACCUACGGCUUCAUGAAGAUGGAAAGCUGAAAUAUCAGUUAGUAAACGGUGAGAUGUACCCCCCCACAGUAUCAGAGGUCCCUGUGCACAUGGUGUACCCUGAAGACUUCCCUCCAGAGAAGCGUCUGGUAACUGGUCAGGAAGUGUUUGGCCUCCUGCCGGGACUCACCAUGUACGCCACCGUAUGGCUGAGGGAGCACAACCGAGUCUGUGACGUCCUGAAGGUAGAACAUCCCACCUGGGACGAUGAGCAGCUCUUUCAAACCACUAGACUCAUCAUCAUUGGAGAGACAAUCAACAUCAUAAUAGAAGAGUAUGUGCAGCACCUGAGUGGCUACCUUCUGGAUCUGAAGUUCGAUCCCAGUCUGCUCUUCAACGCGCAGUUCCAGUACAACAACCGCAUCGCUCUGGAGUUCUGCCACAUCUACCACUGGCACCCGCUGAUGCCUGACAGCUUCCUCAUCGACGGCGAUGACAUCCCAUACUCUCAGUUUAUGUACAACACAUCCCUACUCAUGCACUACGGGGUGGAGAAGUUGGUGGAUGCCUUCUCCAAACAACCUGCGGGACAGAUAGGCGGAGGCCAUAACUCACAUGUUGUUGUGCUUCGAGUGGCAGAAAUGGUCAUCAGAGAGUCUCGAGCAACUCGUGUGCAGCCCUUUAAUGAAUACAGGAAGAAGUUUAACUUAAAGCCAUACACCUCUUUUUAUGAAUUUACUGAUGACAUUGAAAUGGCUGAAGGUUUAGAAGAGCUAUAUGGUGACAUUGAUGCUCUGGAACUCUACCCUGGUGUCCUGCUUGAGAAAACACGUCCUAACAGUCUAUUUGGGGAGAGCAUGGUGGAGAUGGGGGCUCCCUUCUCCCUGAAAGGCCUGCUUGGAAACCCCAUCUGCUCCCCUGAGUACUGGAAGCCCAGCACAUUUGGGGGAGAGACAGGCUUCAAUAUCGUCAAAACUUCCACCUUGAAGAAAUUGGUGUGCCUAAACACCAAGUGGUGUCCAUACGUGGACUUCCAUGUUCCAAGAAAUGAUGAGGAGGUGAAACCAAGGAAAUCAACUACUGAACUUUAAUCAAUUCAUCUCAAUCAGUUUAUUUCUAUGCUGACUGAUUUUUCUCUUUAUUGGUUUCAAUCCUGCCUGCAGAGAAAGAAAUACUCUGAAUCCAAGCAGGUCUACCUCCUGAAAACACAGCUGAAAAAUUCCAAAGUGUCUGGAGCAGUAACAAUUAUUUGCAGUAUCUUUAAAACAUUUUUUUAUUUAGUAAUGGUUUUUUUUCCCUUAAUCCCUUUUCUUUCAGUGAGGGUAUUAGAUCACCAUAUCUUCUUCAAAAACAAAUAAACCUAAUAUAAAUGUACACAUUACUUGCUCAAAGAAGAAAGUUUAUUCAAUGUAUGUUAAAUUGCCAAAAACAAAAUUAAAACAUAUUUUACAAAAUAUAAUAAAUAAUCUGCAGACA